GUGCUCUUCCACUUUGCACGUGACUCUCCGCCCUCUCUUGCUGAUGUGCUGGUGGUGAUCAUCUCCAUGCUCUCCUCCGCCCCGGUUCCAGUCAGCAACAUCCUCUUCCACGCCUCUGUCCCUGACACAAUGAGAGUGAAGCUACAGCCCCCAUCAGGAACGGAGCUUCCAGCCUUCAACCCAAUCCUCCCACCUGCUGCCAUCACACAGAUCCUGCUGCUGGCCAACCCUCACAAGGAGAAGGUGCAGUUGCAAUACAAGCUAACCUUCGCACUAGGAGAGGAAGACCAUGAUGAAAGAGGAGUUGUAGCACAGUUUCCACCUUCAGACACAUGGGGCAAUCUUUAACAUUCAACAGAUUGACAAGAUGUGGCAUCUCACUCAGACACUGCAUAAACCUUGCUUUUUAAAAAUGCUUCUAUUGAUUACCUUGCUUAGCCAAUCUCAACUGGGUGUUCGCUUUAUGCUUUGGAGUAAUGUCCUCUGUGCAGCUUUACAACGUACAUAGUACAGCCAUAUCUUGUUUUUAACAAAUAGUAUAAAUUCUAUGAAUGAAGGACAACCUAUUUGUUUACUUUCAUGCUCCGGGAGACAUGCAAUGGACCCUUUGGGGAAGGCUCAUCUUUGUCUCAUUCUUUUUAUAUAGCUGUAGACUAUCCUGCUGAAUUACUGUUGAGGUUGUUUACCCCACCAUGCUCCCAGGGUUGCUUACUGUGAUAAUGGAGCACUCUUCCUCUCCUUCUGCACGGAGAAUGGUUUGCCUGAUAUCCUUGUCAUGUAGAAUGAGACAUUCUAACAGUGAAGUCCUAUUUAAUCUGCCAUUUGUGCCUAUUUAAGGUUUGUUUUCACUAUCAUGUCCAUUUGGAUGGUUUGUCGGUUUUACCUGUUACUCGAUAAAUCUUUUCAGACAUUGCAUGUGUCUUUUACUCCGUGCUGGUUCAGAUUACCUGUUCUGGGAAUAAAUCUGUUUUAAAGAAAGA